AUAAUUGUGAUAAAAAGUCUCUUAAUACUUUUGUUGCUAAUUUCAUUCUUUAAUAAUGUCGAAAAAUGCACACGUUGUCGACGGAGAAGCCUCCGAAUCAGAUUCAGAACUCGAAAUCGGCAGAACACCUGACUCCGAAAUAUCUACGAACUCUAAAACGUUUGUGGUGACUGGAGAAGCAGAGGAGUCUGAUGAUGAAUCGAAGAUAAAACCGGCCGAUGAUCCACUAGAGAGAGACGUUCCUUUGAACACAGCUAUGCCGCCACACGCGCAUACAAAGGCCGACAUUUACAAUAGUCUACUGCAUCAGAAAUUGUGGGAAUGCAACGUUUCCCUCCGUGCGACCAUACAAGGUCUGGUUAGGCACACGACUGAGAUAGCCUCCAGUAAGCUGACGUAUGCUGACAAAACUCUGCUCAAUGUUCAGGAAAGCGUGCGAGCGACGAACGCUAACUUAAGCGUCGCUCGUGCGCGCCUUCGACAGAUACAGGCCGGUCUGGAGCGGGCCAACUGCGCGACCGCCCUGCAAAACGUCAAAAUCAAAGACGACAAACAAACAGCUUGAUCAUCACCCCACAGACACGGCCCACUGAGUUUCUCGCCGGAUCUUCUCAGUGGGUCGCGUUUCCGAUCCGGUGGGAGAUUGGUAGAUUCAGGAA